UGAAAAACGUCUAGAACCUCAUUUUAACCCGGAAAAAAAUAACCUGGAACAGUGGCUGUCUCGAAGCAGCUACUGGUACGGAGAAAUCGGGGAAAAUGGCUUCACGCCUGAGCCGAGUCUGGCCCACCCUGUCCCGGGUUCGUGUGAGCGCGGCGCUCGGGAGCCGCUGUGUGUCACAGACGCCGAAAUCUAGCGCGUCUAGCGCGGCGGUGGCGUCUGAUCUGCAGCCCGUGUCUCCCGCUGCUCAGGACAGUCAUGGACACGCAGAGGUCAGCCCGUUUGAGAAGAAUCCAGACUUCCAUGGCUUCCAUCAUCACGACUCUUUUGUGGAUGAAUGGAACAUGAGGUUGGCAUUUUUCUUUGGCAUUUCAGUGGCCAUCGUUAUUGGAGGGACAUUCAUCCACUAUUUACCAGAUCAUGGUAUGAGGCAGUGGGCUCGUCGGGAAGCUGAAAGGUUGAUCAAACAGAGGGAAUCCGAGGGUCUUCCCCUCAUGACUGAAAAUUAUUACGAUCCCAGCACAAUUGUUCUCCCCUCCUCUGGAGAGGAGUAGACAACAUUUUGUCAAUAAUUAUGCUGUUCAUUUUUGUUUAAUAGUACAUUUGUCUCCAUUCAACUAUAUUAUAAUAAAAAAAAGUUAUAAUAUAGUGGUUCGUGGUAUUUUUAACUAAUAAUUGAAAAAGCAUGAACCUGUAGAAUUAGCUUUUUGUUGGCAAACAAAUGGGUGUAAAAAUAAAGUUUAGUGUUUAUACAUA